AUGCCCUCAAGAAACAAGAUAUAUUUCUGCAAAUGUCAGAAGUACUGCAAGGCUCCAGCUGAUGGACCAUGUCGAGCUGUAGCGGCGUCCACAUAUUACGGCCAUAAGAAGACUCAAGACACAGAGAAACUGAUGUCUACAGAAGAACUAGAGAAGCAGAAGAGCCGUGUUCGCAAACGGAAACGCUCUGAUGGCAGUGAGGUGUCUUUUGAAGAAGAGGAUGGAGUUGGUGAGGGCAGUAACAAUGUUAGAAAACAGCUAUGGUUUUCUCCUGUGGAGGCGAACAAUAAUGAAUCAGACGAGCUCGAACCCACCCAAAGACAGGAAGACGGCAAUUUGAUCAACAACACUGACGAUCAAAUCAUGCCUUUUGACAACAUACUUUUGGACGACGACACUCGCUCACUCAACAAUGAAGAAGAGGGAGCAAGGGUAGAAUACACCGAAAAUCUCUUGCCAAUAGCUCAUCUGGACGACCUCAAACAAGUUGAAGAUACAAUCAACGCAAUUCGGAUGUAUGGCUUCGAGGCAGAAAAACUCCAAUGGACUGAAGACGAAUUCUUCGCUUUCCAAAAUCCGUCUACCGAGGGUUUCAAUCUAGACGACCCCGAUAUCACAAUGUCUUUCCGGCUUUACCUUGCUCUUUCCUCCACCUGCUCAGAAGCCACAUAUCGAAAUACCUACAAAAUCUGGAAGAUAUGA